AUGCAAUCGCUCAAGGUGUUGUUGAUCGCUAACAGGGGCGAGAUCGCGUGCCGACUGAUCAAAUCUGCAAAGCAACUUGGUAUCCGAACCAUUGCUGUCUACUCUGAGUCUGAUGGCGCAUCUCAGCACGUGUUACUAGCGGAUAAAGCAUGCCUGCUUGCUGGCGAAGCGAGGUCGGCCUAUAUCGAUGGAGACCAGAUUAUCAAGCUCGCCAUCGAGAAUGGAGCUCAUGGUAUCAUUCCUGGGUAUGGUUUCCUCUCAGAGAAUGCAGAUUUCUGUCGUAGCGUCAAUGCUGCUGGAAUGGUCUUUGUUGGGCCAUCUGCAGAAGCUAUUGAAGCAUUUGGCCUGAAGCAUACAGCUCGAGACUUGGCUGUCAAGGCUGGAGUCCCUGUUGUGCCAGGAUCCCAAGGGUUGCUGGAGACUGAAGAUGCCGCUCUGGAUCAGGCUCAAGCUAUUGGCUACCCUAUCAUGCUCAAAGCCACCGCGGGUGGAGGCGGCAUGGGAUUGAUGGUUUGCCUGAAUGAGGAUGAGUUACGAAAGAACUUUCAAACAGUCAAAUCACGCGGCGGCGCCCUCUUCAAAAACUCUGGCGUGUUCCUUGAGCGCUAUUACAACGUCAGUCACCACAUUGAAGUCCAAGUAUUUGGUAAUGGGCUCGGAAAGGCGAUUAGCGUCGGAGAAAGAGAAUGUUCAAUUCAAAGACGACAUCAGAAAGUUGUCGAAGAAUGUCCAAGCCCAUACAUCACUCAGGUACAUCCCGAACUUCGAAAGACACUUACAGAAUGUGCAGUUCGACUUGCUGAGAGCAUCAAAUACGCGUCAGCUGGCACAAUCGAGUACCUGGUCGAUCAUGAUAGCGGCGAUUUCUUUUUCCUGGAGAUGAAUACUCGUCUCCAAGUUGAACAUGGCAUCACAGAGAUGUGUUACAAUGUCGACUUGGUUGAGCUGAUGUUACGACAAGCUGAUUGCCAGCUCAGUGGAGUUAGCGGUAUUUCUUCACCAGAACUGGAGCAAUUUCAGGCACGACUCUUAGAACCAAUUGGCCACGCAAUUGAGGUCAGACUAUAUGCCGAAAACCCUGCGCGGAAUUUUUCCCCGAGCCCAGGGCUCUUGCAACAAGUCGAUUGGUAUCAAUUGCCGGGUACCAGGAUCGACACUUGGAUCAGAGCCGGGCAGGCUAUAACCCCAGAGUAUGACCCUCUCCUCGCAAAAGUGAUGCAGCAUGCUGGUACUCGUGAUCAAGCAAUCGAACUCCUGCGUCAGGUCUUGUCCAAGAGCAAGGUCUGUGGUCCCCCGGUAAAUCUCGAUUUUCUUCUCGAUAUUGUCAAAGCUCCAGAAUUCCAGAAAGGUUUUACAACCACCAAGUUCAUUGAGACACAUCAGUAUAAGCCAGCUGCGAUUGAUGUCAUAUCGGGGGGUUCGUAUACCUUGAUACAGGACUUUCCCGGUCGACCCACUGUCGGUCGAGGGUUUGGGCACUGUGGUCCUAUGGACCCUAUUGCUUUCCAAUCUGCAAACAUUCUUGUUGGAAAUGAGGUUGGUACAGAAGGGUUGGAGAUUACCCUCAGAGGCCCUGAGCUCCUUUUCUUAUCGCCAGCCGUUUUCGCUCUGUGCGGGCCAGCAGUAUCUGCGAAACUAGAUGACAAAGAAAUCCCACUUUGGCAAAGGAUUUACGUUUCAGCGGGUCAAAAACUUGCCAUUGGGUCAAUUGACACGGGUUGUCGUGCGUAUCUGGCGGUCUUUGGUGGCUUCUCGAAUGUCGCAACCUGGUGUGGCAGUAAAGCAACAUGCCCGAUGGUGCAAGUGGGCGGUUACCAGGGACGUGCACUUCGGCCGGGUGAUCUCCUGCACAUCGUCAAUGAGGAGAAACUUCCAGGACGGACUAAACAUUCGCCAGAGCCAGUACCAGAGUUUGUUCGACCACGCUACUCUCACCGAUGGGUUAUUCAGGCCAUGCCCGGACCUUACGAGACAGGGUACAUAACAAAGAAGGAUAUCGAUAUGCUAUAUUCUCACACAUGGAAAAUCAGUCACAAUGCUGCCCGAGGCGGUAUCAGGCUUAUUGGGCCUAGGCCAGAGUACGCAAGAAGUGACGGGGGAGACGGUGGUGCCCAUCCAAGCAACGUCAUCGAAUAUGGGUAUCCUAUCGGAGGUCUUAACUGGACUGGCGAUGAACCGGUCAUUUUUCCAGUUGACUGCCCCGAUUUUGGGGGGUUUAUCUGCAGCUUGACAGUGGUCACCAGCGAUUGGUGGAAAGUCGGUCAGUUACGCAUGGGAGACGAGCUCAGAUUCUGCCGGACUAGCCUGGAUGCUUCUCUGAAAUGUUCGCGAUCGAAUGCUGAAUUCUUGAAGAACGUGGCUAACUUCGCCGAAACCAAUUCAUGGGGAGACCUAGCCGCGUUUGAUAAUAGCGAACCCACACCCGAACCUUACCUCGAAGGGGCCGAUGUCUUGAAAUGCUUGGACGAGUCCCCAAGUCGUCCAAAGGUGACGUAUCGAGCUGGAGGUGACAGUUUUGUUCUUGUUGAUUAUGGGGUUGGGAAGGCCAACCUCAAUAUGAAAUGUCGCGCCACAGCACUCAAGAGAGCGCUCGAAGCUCGCAAAGGCCAUUGCACAAUACAAAAACACGGAGGCACUAUCUUCAAUAUGGUCGGCUGUGGUAACUCUCUGUGCAUCUAUUACGACAGUUCGAAACUAUCGAGAGUUGAGCUUAUGACGACACUCCUGGAGAUCGAGGACUCUCUGGGAUCGAUGGCCGAAGCGAAGCUUCCUAAUCGAAGGUUUAAGCUACCUGCGGUCUUCCAGCACAAGAAGCUUGAGGAUGCCAUUGAACGGUAUAUGGUCAAUCAACGCCCUCGCGCAAGCUACCUGCCGGAUCCGUUCAACUUCGUGGCGGAGAACAACGGCAUGACUAUUGAUGAGCUCAAAAAGCUCUUCUUGAGCGUCGAGACGGUCGUUAUUGGAGUUGGAUUCUUCCUUGCCCUUCCGCAGACGUUGCCGUCAGAUCCUCGUCAUCGAAUCAGUUGCCCGAAGAUGAACCCUAGCCGUACGUUUACCCCAGAAGGAACCUUCUCGUGGGGAGGUACUGCGAUCUCAAUAUAUGCCACAGACUCACCCGGUGGGUAUAUGCCCACGGGGAUGACUAUUCCCGGGGUCGACCUUUUUGGCCACAAGGCAGGCUUCACGCCAGAUAGACCAUGGCUUUUUGAGGACAUGGACGUGAUAACGUUCUACGAGGUCACAACUGAAGAGUACGACUCAAUGAUGCUGCAGUUCAAGGCAGGCUCGUACCAGUUUGAAUACGUUGAUAGCUUCUUCGACGUCGGUGCUCACAACAGGCUCCUAGCCGAGACUCAGGAAGAGGUCAAGUUGUUGAAUGUGAAGAGAUCAGAGGCACAAAGUCGAAUGAUAGCACUUGAAAAGGAGCUACUUGCACAAUGGGACGAAGAAAGAAAGGCUGGAAUCGUGUCUGUUGAUUCGGUAAAGUCUAUGCUUGAAGACCCUAAUGUAGUAGCGAUUGAAGCUCCAGUGCAAGCAAACGUCUGGAAAGUGGUAGGGGAGGAAGGACAGCUCCUCCAAGAAGGCCAAAAGAUCACUAUCCUCGAAGCUAUGAAGAUGGAAAUCGACGUGGUCGUCCCAGACAAGCUCAGCGGCGCCAAACUUGAGCGAAUACUCAUCAAGCCUGGCGACACAGUGCAAAGUGGGCAACCAAUCGCGAUAGCAAGGGUCGCGGCCAAGGCAUAG